AUGGAGGAGCCCAUUAAAGACAUCAUGGGGACCUCUAAGGGGUCGGAACCCAUAAUGAUGGAGAAGAAAAACAAUGAUUAUGUAAUUAAAGCUGUUCCAAGGAUCAAUGAAACUCAGCUGACGGCUGCAACUGGUGGAGUAGAGCUCUCGUGUUAUAGAUGCACCAUCCCUUUUGGUGUGGUUAUUCUUAUAGCCGGAGUGGUGGCUACCGCCGUGGCGUACAGUUUUAAUUCCCAUGGAUCCAUCAUCUCUGUGUUCGGAUUGGUCAUUCUAUUUUCUGGACUCCUUUUGGUAUGCUUGAGCGCUGUGUGCUGGAAAGUUAGGCAACGGAAAAAGAGAGCGAAGCGGCGAGAGAGCCAGACAGCGUUGGUGGCGAACCAGAGGAAUAUACAUGUUUAA